UAAAUAUUGUUUAUAUAUUUUAUUUAUAAAAAAAUGCAUAUUUUAGGAAAAAAACACAAACUUUUAACAGUGUAAUAGUACAAAUUGAACUAAAAAUAGUGGUAAAUGUGCUCAGGCGCCUACCUUAAAAUGGAUAUACAGGGCUUAUAGAGGCACUACAUAACUGCACUGUGAUAGAAGAAACUAAAUUUUUGACCACUGGAUUACAAAAUUUAAUAACAAAGACUGAAUAUUUAGCAGGAAGCUGAACAACAGAAUAGAUCAGAGGAAAAAUUUACCACAAAAAAGUGAACUCCGCAAUAGAAGAGCUGUUAUUAUUAAAAUUCACAGCAGAGUGAAGCUUACGAUAUUUACCUGUGAUAUGCAUAAGCGAGACCCUAGACAAGUCAGGACCAAAAUCGUUAUGGACGACGAGGAAAUUUACGAAAUUUCUUCUGAACUUUAUGAGGAAUACGACUACACUUCUAAAUCCAAGCCCCAAGUAAAUCCAAAAAAUGUGGUAAGCAGGUUUUCCUUCAAGGUUCCCUCGCACACCGUUACAGACGAAGACGGAGACUUAAUAGUGCCUAGAAGACAACAUUCCGAGCAAGAGAGAUUAAUAGAAAUAGAACACAGUUACAGUACGGGUUUGAAUUUGGUUGGCUUACAAAUAUGGAGGGGAGCUCUCCUAUUAGCCGAUUGGCUUAUUCAUCAUGGAGUGAAUUUGUCUAAAAAUGAAACCGUUUUGGAGUUGGGCAGUGGAGUCGGCUUCACGUCUAUUAUUGGUUCCAUGUUUUGUCCGGUGGUCUGUACUGAUAUAGACAGAGGAGACAUAUUUAAAAUAAUCAAGGCCAACAUAAACCGAAAUCAGACAAUAUCAAAUCACCCUGUGGACGUAACAGAGUUAGAUUUCAUGGCCGAAGACUUACCGGACAAGAUCAAAACUGUGUUGCCGUCCGUUGAGACUGUGAUAGCGGCCGAUGUGGUGUACGACGAUCACUUGACCGACGCCUUCUUAAAUACCGUCCGGAAACUCCUGAAUUUCCCCGGGAAACGUCGCGUUUUCGUCGCCCUGGAGAAACGUUACGUGUUUACCAUAUCUGAAUGCGAUGGUUGUGCCCCUUGUUUCGACUACUUUUUGGAAAACCUAAUGACGAUGCGAAACGUAAAAGUGCAAGAGGAAACGUUGGAUUUUCCGCAAUUUUUCACGUACGAUAGGUGUAAGGAGUUGGUUUUGUUGAAAAUUGAGGCUGUUUAGUUUAGGAAAUAAAUGUACAACUUUGUUGAUGGAUUAAAUUUUUGUUUAUUUACAA